AUGAAAUCUAGAUAAAAUCAAGGAUGCCCCAUGUGUUCAUGUCUUUAUAUCCCGUUAUUGUUCUGCUACCCACUUCCUACUUCCAUCUACAAGUAAUAGAAUCCACGAUAAUAAUCACAACUCGGGAAUGGGCUCAUAAUCCAACAAACCUUGAAAUACCAUCAUAAAUACCACCACCUUCAUCCAAAACCUCAAUCCUCCAACCUUCCAACAUCAGACCUUACCCCACAAAACCCACAAAAGGCUGUCCUGCAGAUCCAAUGCCACAACUUCUUUACCCCCGCUCAAAAGAGCCAGCGACGCCGCGCCAGACCAUCAUCAUCGCAGCCUGCUUUGGUGUUGCCAUAUUCCUCAUAUUGCUUCUCGCCUUUUGGUAUCACGGGUGUCUUGGAAAGUGCAGUCGGAAGGGGUCACGGCGCGGGAAGGGGAAAGGGCAGGGGAAGUAUUCCAAGAUGGAUGCGGUAGAGGGGGGAUUGGCGGGGGCGGGUAUGGGGUAUGAGGUUUAUAAUGGGGUGACAAGUGGUGGUGGCGGUGGUGGUGGUAAUAGUUAUAGUCUUGGUGGUGGUGGAGUUGUGGGAGGAGGAUCUGGGGGAGGAUCUGGGGGAGGAUUGGGGGGCGGAGCAGGAAGCGGAGGAGGCGGGGGAGAUGGGGGUAUCGGUGGAUCGGAUUGUGUUGUCAUGUGAGAAGGAAUUAUGUCAAAGUCGUAUAUACUUUGGUUCAGCACUAUCGUGAAGGUAUAUGCGCUGAUGGAGGACUGUGAAGUGAGUUUUGUCAUGUCAUUCCCAACUUUUGUGGAUCUAUAUAGUACAUUACAUAUGCCAUUACGAGAACAAUGAAACUUUUAACGAAGAAAAACAUCAUUUACAUAUCAAACAUCAUAGGCCUCUCUCCAAGUUUGCGAGAGUCAUAGUUUCGCUUC